GUUGCGGCCGCUGGAGGGCGACAAUGCUCUGUCAUCGCUGUGAUUCCCAGGAAGUUGUGAGAGCGCGCUCCCCAACAAAACCAAAACAAUGAAAGCUAUAAUUCAGAGGGUCACCAAGGCGAGUGUGACAGUGGGAGAGGAGCAGAUCAGUUCAAUAGGACGAGGACUGUGUGUACUGCUGGGUAUAUCUGUGGAAGACACCCAGAGGGAUGCUGACUACAUAGUACGCAAGAUCCUGAACCUGCGGCUGUUUGAAGACGAGAAUGGGCGAGCGUGGAGCAAAAGUGUCGUGGACCGGGACUUGGAGGUACUGUGCGUGAGCCAGUUCACCCUGCAGUGCAUACUGAAGGGCAACAAGCCAGACUUCCACUCAGCCAUGCCUGCAGAGCUGGCCCAGCCCUUCUACAACAGCAUCCUGGAGAACAUGAGGAGUGCCCACAAGCCAGAGCUUAUCAAAGAUGGGAAGUUUGGAGCCUACAUGCAGAUCCACAUACAAAAUGAUGGACCUGUUACCAUUGAACUGUCCUCACCUGCUGGUCCCACAGACCCCAAACAGCUGUCUAAGCAGGAGAAGCAGCAGCAGAGGAAAGAGAAGACGCGCUCCAAGGGCCCCUCAGAGUCGGGCAGGGAGAAGGGCGCCCUACGUUCCCGACAGGAUCCGAAUGCCAGUAGUGGAGCAGAGGGUGACGUAUCCUCAGAGAGGGAGCCCUAGGUUAGCAGGUUGUCAUACUGGGGACAUGAUGGUGAACCCAGUUUCCUCAGGAAGGCCGUAACCCUCAGUGACUUACACCUGAUGGUGGACUGUCCUCCUUCCUGUUUGGAAAUCAGCAGGAUUCUUUCGGCCUGUUGCAGAACAUCGUCCCCUUGCUGGUGUCCUUGGCCUCUCUUCUUCAGAAUCAGAUAGGCGUGGCUAGGUGUAAACAAAGUAGCAAAGAGGAUAUAAGAGACUGAAGAAGGGUGCAUAGAAAGGGAAUGUGGGUGUUUUUGGAUAGACAUCAGCAGCGCUACAUUAUGUGACAAAGUAACUUUCUGUGCUCUCCUACUCUGUCUUUUUCCCACUGCCCUUCAGUCCAUGUUUCUACUGCCAUCUGUCUCUGUCUCUCUCUGUCUUUCUCUUCAGACUCUCCCUACCUGUCUCACUCUCAGCCUGCUGUUCCCACUUAAUCUCUGUUUAGAGACACUGACCCUGAAGCAUAGCUCAGCUCCAAGUCCUUGGCCUGUAGAACAGCAAAAGAACAUCAGGACAGUGAUAAGGUAACAGCCUUCCCAUACUGAUUGAAACAGCUACACAUCAUGCUGGACAUUGUUACAUGUGUUAAGUCUACUUUAAAAGAUUAGGUUCAACUGAAAUUACUCCAGCACACAGGUCUGCUCUUUAAAUUAGAUGCCCUAUGCUGUCACUGGGCAAACAGGAGAAAUUUAUAUUUUAUAACUACACCUAGCAAAACAUUAAAUUUAAUUUAAACAGCAGCCCACCUCCAAACAUGGACACAUAUCUUGUGUCACACCUUAGCUUGCUAAAUUAGCUAACUAACAAAUAUCCAAAUAUCAAACCUGCCCACUCUUGAGGCUAAAGGAGAUGUUUUGAUUCUCACAGACUGCUGUUUUUCCUUUCAGCAAUAAAAAGAUAUGACUGCAACAACUAAUGACUAAUUGUGAUUUCAGUUGGUCUUUAAAUCUUAAAAUGUUACCUGUGCGCACCACAUGUUUUGACUGCAGGGAGAGAUAGUGCCAUAGUACUGGCUUCAGCUGUUGUUGAUUUUGAAGUCUUGGAUCGAGUAACUUCAGCUUAGUGACUAUGAGUCCGUUUGUCUCAAUUACCUGUACUUUACCUCUAUGGAGAGGAGCCAGCUGUGCUUCACUGUCAGUGGACAAAGGCACCAGUGUGGCUGGGCAGACUUUGGCUUCACAAAAAUACAUAAACUGUUUUUGAUUAUUGCACCGUCCUGCUGUCACCUGACGGAUCUGAAUGUACAUUUUGUUGUCAUUUUAUAAAGACAUCAAUAGAAAAAGUGACCCAUGCUGCAUUUGUGUGUUUUUCCACACUUUAUUCUGCUUGUUUUAUGUGAUGCAAAAGCACGGAUGCUUGUCCUUAUUUCUACUUUCAGCAUCACCACCUGGCCUGUCUAUACUGUCCCAACUUUAGCUCCUGAGCUUUUUUUUAGUUCAAGCAAGCUAUUCCUAGCCAACCAUACCAUAUAAUACCUCCCUCUUUCUUUCUCUCUCUCUCCAAUGGUGCUGAGCUGAGGUUUCUCCAUGUUGUGGUGGAGAGCGGCAAGAGAGGGAGAGGAGCUGCUGUAGCCCGGACGAGGGAGCUCUCGGAAAGGGAAGACAUGACCCAAAUACGUCUGCUACCUAGCUAGCCUUAGUGCCGCUCCAAACUGGGCUAGAACUGCAGCUCUCCUCUGCAAUGACUGCAUUGUGAUCCCAAUGCCAGACAGGUUUUACAGGAAGAGGAGGAAGUAGAGUGGGGGGGGGGGGCUCGGAUUAUUGAUGUACUGUACCAAACAUCUGAGAGGACUGCAAUAAAACUGUAAUAGGAUGAGAACAGGGAGCGUUGAGCAUAAUGAGCAGGGCAGAUGUUCAAGGUUUGUCUAUCUAUGGAAUCACCUGAGUAUUUCAAACCAACAUGGCUGUUUGUGUGUUCUUGCGUGGACACCCUGAGCUGCAGGGCAGGGCAGUAGGAGUGGGCGUGGUGUCAGUCAGACAUGGGAAAGUGGGUUAAAUUCCAGGCAUUCUCUUACAUCUGAAGCCACACUGUUUCUGGUUGUCUUCUCUACAACUUAUCUUACAUCUUGUGUGUGUGAGAGUUCUUUGCCAAGCCCACUGGCUAUGGAAAAACAAUUUAGCUGGAUUUAAUUUGUUACUCCCCCCUCCUUCCCCUCACGUUUUUUUCUUUUGUGUGCCUCUGAGAGGUUGGGAAUUCAUCUUGUUUAGAACUCUAUGCCCAGUCCGAGCUCACUUUGCAAGUUAGGCAGGCUCGGUUUCAUGGCAGCUUUAAGGCCUCCAGUCGUGUGGAUUGCCACUUGAGUUUGUUUUCCAUACAUGAUGCUAUAAAUAGGUGGUGUGUUCAUCUAAUUUGGAAAAAAGUUUUAUGUGGAAACAAAAACUAUUUUUCUUCAAAAUAUGAUGCACAUCUCUUGCUUUCCUUCCUCUGCAUACUUUGUCUUCUGUUUGAUCUGUCUUAGCCCCAUACUCCAAAGGGUUAAAAAAAAAAAAAAAAGCACAAUGAAACCAGUUGCCUAGAGCCCUGACCACUUUUUCCAUUCUUGCUGGAAAGUUUCCAGUGCUAUUUAUAUGAAACCUCAGGCCCGACAAUCAAGAAACCCUCUUGGCCAAGAUAAAGUAUUUCCCAUUAUCCUAAAGUUUUGUUUUACUCAAAUCAUUACAUACAAAACAUCAGAAGUGGAAGACACACAGUGGAGUCUGUAGUUCUCUGUUUUGUGAACACGCAUAUGCAAUGAAGGAGUAGACAACACAUUCAAGCAGGCACAAAAUCAGUCCAUAUGACCUAACUGCUAUUGUGUAAUCAAAGACCAUACUACAGUACAUCUAAUCUGUCUGGGGCUUGAUAAAUGAUUUGCUGCAGUGACUCUCAUUUUAACUCCUUUGUAUUUUAUCCAUGUUCAGAGGGAAUGGAAUUCACUUUUGGCUGAGAUAUUGACAUAUUUAGAAUGAUAACACUGUUACUUAUUAUUUGUAGGAGAAGAAGUGUUUGGCUGCUGUCCACAGGGUUUGCGUAUGCUUGAUUGGGUGAGUGGUGCUAGUCCAAAACUACUAUUAAGGUUAUUAGAAAACCAAUGCAGCUUUACAAGCAAAAUUUUAUAUUAUUCUUCAGCAGUACACUGUAAUUUUCCUACAAGUACAGACUGGUGGAUUAUCACUAAAAGAUAUUCCCAGAAGAGGGCAGUGAAAAGCACACCCAACAAACUGCCUCCAAUCAUGAUCUCCCCUUUACUUUCACUUCAUUUGCUUUCAACACACUGUACAUUAUUGAGCUGUUAUGUCAAAUAAACAAUGUUGGCUAAUUUUAGUUGAAGGAGCCAAUUAAAAUGGA